AACAUUUCCACUUUGCAUCUCCAAGCUCCAUGAUUCUCUUCAGCUUUGCCUUUUCAGGUGCACCGCCGUCGACUCACCCCAAUCAUUCUGCGCCAGAUUGCACUUCAACAAGCUUUCCAUUGGUCACCAUGUCGUCCCUUUGAAUGUUUUUCUAACUCCAACCAGUAAUCGCCUCGAGCUACGAGAUGCAUGUCUCAACGCAUCACCGCGCUACACGACAUCGAGCCCUCCGAGUUGUCAUCAUUUCGAGGAACACAGGGGAUACAAUGUCUCGGACUUUGUGGAAUGGCGGGGGGUCGAAAAGAGGGACAAGAGGCUGGCAAAUGUUGUGUCAUUGGAAUGAUGGUCGGCAAGAGCAGAGGUAUAAUGGCCCAGGCCGCACCUCUUGAGCUUCUCUCCCAGUGCUCUUCUCUUCUCUUCAACUUUGCGCUGCUGUAGCGUCGCACAAUCACCACAAUGUCGACUCCCAUUCCACGACCACCGGGAAUCCCAGUGCUGGGAAACGUCUUCGACAUUACACCUAGCAACACAUGGUGGUCCCUCAAGGCACUGGCUGAGAAAUAUGGCGAGAUCUUCCAGGUCAAGAUCCUCGGCAAGACCAUCGUCUUCGUUGCCAGCGCCGCCCUCGCCGAAGAGAUCUGUGACGAGCAACGCUUCCAGAAAUAUGUAGGCGGUCCUAUCGUCGAGAUCCGCGCCACAGUCCACGACUCCCUCUUUACAGCCUUCCACCACGAACAAAGCUGGGGAAUUCAUCACCGAAUCAUCGCUCCCCUCCUCACCCCUCAAGCCGUCUCAGGCUACACCGACGACAUCAACCUCUGCGCGACCGAGGUCAUUCAAAAAUGGGCAUCCCUCGGUGACAGCAACGUCCUCGAGCCUCUCGUCGACCUCAACCUCCUCAACCUCGAAGCCACGUCUCUCACCCUCUUCAGCCAAAAGCUCAAUUGCAUCCAAGCCGGUGGCCACCCCGUCAUCCAGGCCAUGGAAGAUGCCGUCUCCGAAGCCAUCAUGCGCCCCACGCGCCCCGGACUCGUCAACUGGCUCCUCUACUCCUCCAAGUUCAAGAAAGCCACCAAGACAUUGCGCACCUGGGCCGCCGACACCGUCAAAUACCGUCAAGAAAACCCCACAGACAAGCACGACAUGCUUUGGGCCUUUAUGAACGCAAAAGACCCCGAAACCGGCAAGGGUCUCUCCGAGUCCGAAAUCCUUGACGAAAUUGUCACCAUGCCCAUCGGCUCCGCCACCGCUCCCUGCGCCGUGACCGCCACCAUCUAUUACCUCCUGCAGAACCCCGAAGUCGUCACCAAAGCCCGCGAAGAACUCGAUCGCGUCAUCGGUACCGGCCCUCUGAAGGACGAACACCUCUCCCAACUUCACUACAUUGAAGGCAUCACCCGCGAAACCCUCCGCCUAUCCUGUGCCGCCCCAGGCUUCAACAUCGAGCCCAUCCCCCGCCAGAACAAGGCCGACAAGUCCCCCCUCCUCCUCCAAGGAGGCAAGUACCAAGUCGCGCACGACCAGAAACUCAUCAUCGUGCUAGCCGGCGUCAACCGCGACCCAGCCGUGUUUGAGGACUCCUUGGCUUUCAAGCCGGAGAGGAUGAUGGGCGAGGAAUUUGAUCGCUUGCCCAAGGGCGUGAAGAAGUGGUACGGUAAUGGCAAGCGGGAAUGUAUCGGCAAGGAGUGGGCCAACAAUUUCUUGAAGAUUGUUACGGCGAGGCUGAUACAUGAGAUCGACUUUGAGGUGGCGGAUGAGGGCUAUGAGUUUAGGCAGGAUGGCUGGUUCCAGAUUAGGCCGGUUGCGUUCAAGGUGAGGGUCAAGCCGAGAGUGAGGGCCUAGAGUGAUGGCCUGAAAGCGUGCCUGGGAGGUAUGAGAAGGAGGGCGUCAUGGAAAAGUGAAAGUGGAAGACGUAAUUGAGGGAUGUUGCUUCUUCGUUGAACAGGAUUUGGAAUAUACCAUUGGCGUUUGCUUGAACAUGUUUCUGCUCAAGCUUCUUGGUGCUAUGUUUGUUUCCUGCCUUUGUUCACCAUGAUCAAAACAAGGAAGAUCGAAUAUUCCAUCCCAAGCUCCGAUACGUACCUCUAGCCAUACUUGCAGAACUAAUAUCGAAAUCGUCAGCUUCUUCCACCUGCAUCAUCUUUACUUUCCGUUCCAUUAGCGUCGUUACUACUUUUCGGGAGAUUGCUUCCAGUUGUCCUAGUAGCAUGAUCUCU